GGUCUCCCCCACAAAUGAUCCGCUCCAUCACAGACCUGCACCUCUCACAGAACCGACUGGCCAGAUGUGGGAGACUUGACGCCCUCAGACAGCACUCGUCUUUAUUAAAACCGCAGGAUAACGGAAGCUGUCCGCAAAAGCAGGAGCAGAAAAUUGAGCCGACCGUAGUGUGGCUGAAGAGGAGGGAGAUGGAGACCUCAUUACAGAGCGGACAGACGCAUGUCAAGGCCUCACCAGAGACGGCGCUGACAGCCCUCAUCAAAAGAGACCUACAGAAAGAUGAAGCAGAGAAGAGAGAAACUGACCAUGGAAGACCAUUGACUAAAGGACGCAGUAACUCUCUGGAAAGUCUCUACAGUCACAACAGUGGACAAAGCUCCUCAAGUGGAGUCACCAGUGGGUCAGACUGCUCCAGUAACAGAGACAGUCUGAGGCUGGACGAUGAUCUAUUGUACACCAGACAGUUCUGCAGCAGAGCAAGAGUCCAUACAGACUACGUGCCAAGUCCGUAUGACACUGAAUCCCUCAAACUUAAGGUGGGAGAUGUCAUUGACAUCAUCGCCAAGCCCCCCAUGGGAAUAUGGACAGGCAUGCUGAAUGGAAGAAUGGGAAAUUUCAAGUUCAUUUACGUGGAUGUGCUAACAGAGGAGAGCUCCAAGACACACCAGGAAACACAAAUCCAUGAAGCGAGCCAUAAAUCAACUGUCCAUGAAGUGUUAAAGCGACUCAGUUUAGAGGAGUACUCCUCGUCUCUGCAGCUGAACGGUUACCAAACAGUAGACGACCUGAUGAGGCUGAGGGAGCAUCACCUGAUGGAGCUGAAUGUGACUGAUCCGGAGCACAGGCAGCGCCUGCUGGCCGCCGUCGACUCCCUGCAGCAACUGGGCUCUGUCAGUCAGUUGGAGAACGAGGCCAAGACUUCCAGUGAGAGCAGGAAGGCAGAUAUGAGCAACUGCCCAAGAGACUCCGGCUGCGACAUGCCACCCGACAGCCCCGGCAGCAACACGACGGAGGCAGACCUUCAUUUAUAAGAACAAUCCAAUCAUUCUAAUGCUGGUUUUAUUCCUGCUGCUGCUGUUGAUGUGACUUAUGAAUCAAAGCUUGUUUUUUUAUUUAUCUGCUGCGACAGUCUAACUUCUGACGGGGUUCAAUAAAACACCCACUCUGAGCUUUUACCACUUCAGCUCCACUGCUGGAUGGGUGUCUGUUAGCUGUAAAAGUUUGUUUCUUGAAAUAAAAUAUUUUAUGAAUCGGU